AUGCCUUCAGCGCCUCAAGUGUCUUCUGAAGACCUCAGAUCCACCGCUCAGCCCAAACAUGUCGUUCCGGCAAAUGACAAGCCGUCAAAGACGCCUAUCGCCUCCUGUUGCUGGUCCAUUAGAUCCGGGCUAACAGACUACCUGAGGACGUUGAGAGUUGGUGCGGGAGCGAGGAAGCAAUUGGGCAUCACGGAGAAAGCGCUGAUGAUGACCAAGUUCCGUAGGUGCCUCAGCACUAUGGACCUGGUCUGCUACGGCAUCGGCAAGUAG